AAGAGUGUGUGAGUCCAGUAUUCAAUCUAUGUAAUUAUAUUUCUAUGAAUAUUACAAAAGGAUAUAGCUGUUGCCAACAUGUCAAACUAUGAACAUCGUUUUUUAAUAACUAUUAUAAAAGUGUAAUUCAUAUAUUAUAAAUGUUUAAAGAAGCUGAUUAUGAGUUAAUAUAUAUUUGUUUUCAUGUUACAGCUAAGUAUGUAUUUGUUAUGGUCUGGAGUACAUAUAUAGUUGGUGCAACUGGUACCAUUCCAUCUGUCAAAAUAAAAAAUUUAAAAUAUCUAAAUUUUUUGUGGUUAUGUUUAUGUUGUAAAAUAUGUUGAUGUGUUAUAAGUUAUUUUUCUCCUAUCUAGUGAAAUAAAUAUUGGUUGUUUUUUCGAGGUGCAGUAACUAUUCCGAUUAAGUUUUAAAAAUUGGCAAUUAAGUUUGUUUAUUUAACCGUCAUGGCUUUUAAUUUUGGAAAUACGUCUCAGUCAACUUUUGGUGGUGCACCAAAAUUGACCGGCUUUGGUACAAGUUUUGGUUCAACUCCUGCCACAACUGCCUCUACGGGAUUCGGUGGAUUUGGUUCAACAUUUGGAGCGACGAAUACUCAACAACAAUCAACCGGUUUCGGUAGUUUCGGCACUACUUCCACUGCUCCUACGUUCGGUACUAGUUUUGGUACACCUGCAUCUUCUGCUCCAUCGGCUUUCGGAAGUACAUUUGGAGCACCCGCCGCAACGGCAACACCAUCUUUUGGUUCUAGCUUUGGUACACAACAAACACAACCUAAUUUGUUUGGUACUGCAACCACGACAGCGCCCAGUCUUUUUGGAUCCACUACGUCAGCUCCCAGCUUAUUUUCUAAUACUACUGGCGGUGGGUUGUUCGGUUCUACUAGCACCACUCAAUCUACGGGUUUGUUCGGAACUGCUGCGACUACUACCACACCUAGCCUAUUCGGUACAACACCCACACCUUCUUUAUUUGGGCAACAAGCGGUUACUUCAACUCCUAGUUUAUUUGGGACUGCUGGUACUGGAACAACUUUUGGUACUAAUGUUUUUGGUACCUCUACAACAUCAGCUCCGUCUUUAUUCGGUACAGGAUUUGGUACUACAUCCACUUCGUCAACGGGAUUUGGAGGAUUUGGUGGAGGAACUGGAAGCACUUUUGGAGGCUUCGGCACACAAAAUCAAGGAUCAUUGUUCAGCAAACCACAGAUACCUCAAGUUGCUCCUCAACAAUCUCAAGCAUCGAAAACUCAGCAAGUAGUGGCAUCAGUAUAUGCAAUAAACGUUUUUAAUGACGAAAGAGACGACAUUCUUAAAAAAUGGAAUAUGCUCCAGGCUUGUUGGGGUACCGGAAAAGGAUAUUACAAUAGCCAACAACCACCAAUCGAAUAUGAUGCUCAGAAUCCAUUUUAUAGAUUCAAAGCGAUGGGGUAUAAUGUUAUACCAGAACAUGAUAAUUCUGAGGGGAUAGUAAAAUUCAUAUUUAAUAAGAAGCUCGAUGAAAUGAAAAAUCAGCAGGAAGUCCUUAAAAACGGUAUCGCCGGUAUUUUAGGUAACAAACCCAAUUUAACUGUUGAUAUACAUCAAAUAAAAUCUGUUACUGAUACACAAACCGAAGUUAAAAUAACUGUAUCAGAAAAAGGAGUUACAGGGACGAGUAGAAAAAUUCCAGCUUCGGAUCUUGCCGCAUUCUUCAAUCAACCUGUUCCAAAACAACAACUUAGUACAGUAAUGGUUACUUCAGUUACUCCAUUUGUUACACCUACCAAAGCGGAAUUAGAGGAGUAUUUGAAACAUCCCCCUCCGGGUAUUGAUUUGCAAAUGUGGAGAGCUGCUAUUGACGAUAACCCAAAUCCUAAAAAAUAUAUUCCAAUACCCAUCAAUGGUUUUUCCAGUUUGAGAUCGAGGCUACUGCAUCAGGAAUAUCAGACGGGAUUGCAUCAAGCUUUUCUAGAUAAAGUGAAUAAGGAUAUCACCAGCUUAAAAACCAGACACUCAUCUUCUGUAGCUCAAAUUGCUGAGCUGAAAUCUAAAUUUUGCGAAUUACAACAUAGAAUAUUGAGAAUUUUAGUCAAACAGGAAUGCACAAGAAAAACUGGUAUAGCUAUAUUACCCGAAGAAGAACUACUACGAGGAAGAUUUGAGAUUAUGCACCAACAAUUAAAUAAUCCAAAACAAUUCAAGGGACAAGUUAAUGAAAUUCUUUCCAAUAUCAAGAUGCUGGCAGGCAGAUAUAAACAAAGUUGUCCCAGUUACCGAUUGGAUGCAGAAGCUCAAGAAGAAAUCAAACAAUUUUUGAAAAUGGAGCAAAGUGGCAUAGCUCAACUGAUUAAUAUCAUUCAGACUGAUUUGAAAGUGUUAAAUAUUAUAAACGACGGGCUAAAACAGAAAACUAUAAAUGGACAAUUUAAUUAAUACAAUUUUAACUGAUACAAUAUCUUGUAAGAAAUGUUAAUGAAUGUAAUGAAACACUUCUCAAAUUUAAUUACGGAUUAGUAGAGAGGAAGUGGAAGUUUUGAUAUAAUACACUAGAAAAAAAUUUAUAAAA